AUGGCUUGCUGCCCAACAGAAGAGAAAUAUGGCUACGAAGACUGUCGAUUUGAGAAAGAUGUCGACGAAAAUUUUCAUUGUUCUAUCUGCUACAAUGUUCUUAAAGAACCAAGGACGUGUAGGAAUAAUGAUCACAUCUUUUGUCUUGCCUGCAUCACUCGACAUCUAAAGGUGAACUCUCAAACUUGUCCUGAAUGUAAUGAGCAUUUGAGCGUCGAUACGCUUCGUCGGCCGCGUGUGUUGAAUAACAUUUUGUCUAAACUAAAGAUAAAUUGUGAUCAUGCCAGUCGGGGAUGUCCUCAGUUUACCUGUCUUGAAGAUCUCAAAACUCACGUGGUGAAUUGUGGCUAUGCACCUGUGUUGUGUUCAAAUGCAGAGUGUGGUAUGGAGAUUAACAAACAAGAUAAGGUCCAUCAUGAGACUAAAGUUUGUGAUUAUAGAAAAGUGAAAUGUCAUGACUGUGGGCAGAUACAGGAAGAUGUCGGAACAUUGAAAGGAAGUUUAAGGGAACUGGAUGGGAAAGUGGAACAAGGAAUAAAGACGUUGGACGGAAAAGUGGAAGCAGCAGUGAAGCAAAUAAAUGGAAAAGUGGAAGCAGCAGUGAAGGAAAUGAAUGGAAAAGUGGAAGCAGCAGUGAAGGAAAUAAAUAAGGAAAUGAACGAAAAAGUGGAAGCAGCAGUGAAGGAAAUGAAUGGAAAAGUGGAAGCAUCAAGUGGACAAACGAAGAAGGAAAUCGGGGAAGUUAAGAAAGAAGUCAAAGAUAUGAAGGACAAUCUUUCCAAAGUGAACAAAGACGUGGACGAAGUCAAAGUCAUGAUGAUUCAAAUGUUAGAGAAGUUAAAUAUGCUUGAACUGCCGAACCAGCUGCCAUCUCCGACUGAGGGAAUGUUGAACAUACCAAGACAGGAUAUUUUGAUUGCAGGUGGAUAUGGAGGGCAUUCAACAUCUGGCAAAAGUACGGAAAUUUAUUCCUGGGAGAAAAAUGGUUGGUUUGAGGUAUCGCCAAUGAAUGACAUCCAUAAAGGAGCUUCAUCAUUUAUCUAUAAAGAUCAAUUAUUUGUUGUCGGGGGAGGUGGUAGUAAGGCAAUAGAGACCUUGAAUCUCAAUGAAUUACCUUUGAAAUGGACGAAAUUUCUUGGGGAACUGCCUUAUAAAUGUGAUGAUCAUCAAAUUGUUGUUUACCAGCAGAGUGUCAUUCACAUUGGUGGAUAUAAUCAUGGCAAAGGAUGGUCUAACGUGGUUAGUGAAUUGCAACUUACUUCACCUUGCAUUAUGAAAGAGUUGUGUCAAAUGCUUCAACCACGAGGCUGUCAUGGCGCUGAAGUAUUUGAAGAUAAGGUGCUGAUUUUAGGAGGAUUUUGCCCUGGUAAUAAGACUACGGACAGUGUAUUGGAGUUUGAUCCAAAAAGGAAUGAAUGUAAAGAGAUGCCUAAAUUACCGUCUGCCUUGAAGAGAAUGGCGACAGUUCGCUGGAGGGAUGAAGUAGUUGUGCUUGGAGGUACUGAUAAAGGUGGCCAAAUUCUGAAUGAUGUUUUUAUGUACGACUCCAAGACAGGCAAGACCACAGCCUUACCAUCCAUGUUGGAGAAGAGAUAUGGAUGUUGUGCAGUUAUUACUGGAAAUACCAUUGUAGUGAUGGGAGGUGAGAAUGAGAAACGUCAAUGUCUCAGUUCAGUGGAGUGUUUUACAAUGGGAGGUUCUACAUGGGAGUAUCUUUCUGCCAUGAACAAUGCCAGGUCCAGAGCGGUUGCUGAAGUUUUACCUUCCACACGAAAAUAUGUGUAA